UGCCACGCACGCACACACUAAUAAACAACUAUUUGUGUUUGUUUCCCCCUUUUUUAAACUGACCAGUGAAUAAAAGGGGCGAUGGUAAAGAAUCGGUUAAUGAAUGCCAGUCUUCAGGACGACAUGAACGCACACGGUGAAAUUUUAGAAGCUGUAGAAGUUCAAAGAGAGCACCAUGAAGACUGAAAGAGAGGGAAAACAAUAUCUCCUGCCCUCGCUGCUCCAGUCCUGCGGUUGACGGCAGAGUCGAUCCACCAGCAGUGACUGGCGGAACAGUCUCAGUUGGAGAAAGCAGCUUGUCAGUGGGAGGUAACCUACAUGAUGCCCCCUCCUGAACUUAUCAAUUCAUCGUCCGUCCGUGCUGCGCCCGGCGUUUUAUUUUGGUACGAAAAUGCUGAGCGCACUGAGGCACUGUAAAGCGCACCGAUGGAUACAGCCUGCUUGCACGUCUUGGAACGGGUUAUUUUGUGAAGCAGCCUAAAACACACGGCAGUCUACAAGAGAGAGAGAGGAAGCCUGGACUUGGACAACCACCCAUUUGUGGAUAAUAACCCUAAAAAAAAAUUAAACAUUAAAUAAAAAAAACCUUACCCCGGUGUGUGUCACAUCAAUGGAGAGGCGAGGGUCGAAUAUCCGAAAUAUACAGCGGGGGCGCAGAAGUGAUGACAGCCUUUGAUGAACCAUAACUCCCGUCCAGACAAGGUGAGAUCAAAGCUCCGUUCGGAAAACAUGUAAGAAUAGAGCUUUUGGUGUAUAACGAAGGCUCUUCACACUUGGGAGCCGCUGCCUGAAUUUGUGAUGGGGUUUUAAAGGCUUCUGAAGGAUACCGCCUGGAAUUUUUUCUUCCGAUGCUGCAUCCCAGAAUAACGAAUUUCCCUCUUAAAUAUGGAGAACGGAGCAAUCUGAAGAGAGAGAUUAUCUCUAAUCGUGACAACUUUAUCACUUCUCCAACCUACAGGAUACCCUUUCAAUCACUGUACUGCGGAACUUCUUUUUAUCGGUAAAACCAGGAGGGGGAAGAGAAAUAAGCAUCUUGAAAUCCGCACUGGGCUGUGCGGUGAAAUUUAAUCAGGGCUGAUAGCUAAGAAGCAAUAGGGACUUGAUGAAAAGUUACAUUUGACACGUAGGCGAGCAGUCGGGUUCUUAAAAUAACCCCACCUUAACAGCUCAACGUGUGGAUGAUGGUCUACCGUAAGGUCUACAUGAAAGGCUUUAAGAGCAUAUUAUUGAUAUCAGAGAGAAAAUAAAAAGUCGUCACUUGGAGAAAAUUUUGGACCACAGUGGGCAUCGCUUUGCCACGAGUUGUUUCAACAAUGGCACUUGUGGGUGCCUUCUGAAAUGUGCGUCUUGAAAAGGGAGGAAAUAUCGGAUGCAUUAUCAUCACUGUGAGAGUUAAUUGCAUUGCAUCCGGACUAAUGUUUGGAUUACAUACAAAGUCGUGUUGAGACGUGGAAGAAAAUGAGUGUGAAAAGCAAAGGUAACAAAGGAUUCUCCAAAACUGCCUGAGUAUUGCGGAUUUUUUUUUUUCGAUGCAGUUUUUGCGGAGGCAGCGGAAGAAGAGCUGUUCUUCGCCGGCGGAGAUCUUCCAGACCUUGGCAUUUCUCUGUAAAUAAAAAGAACAGCUGAGCAGGGGGACGGCCACAGCACAUUCCACCAUCCGAUGGAUUAAUCAAUUGGUGUUCCAGCUCAGCCCAUCCAGCUCAGCCCAUCCAGCUCAGCCCAUCCAUCUCAGCGAAUAAUCUGGGAGACAUCAUAAAAGUGCCAUUCUAUCAUUCUAGAGGUCCAGCAUUUUGGUGGAUUGAAAGCUAAUAUGUGGAUGAUUAAAACCCCUUGGAUCUUGACUGAGCUGGCAAUGGGCCAAAAUCCUCUUUUAAGAGAGUGAAAGACCAGUCAAUGAAUUAUGAAUGUUAAACAAGAUGACCUCCUCUCAGCAGCAGCAGAUGAUGCGAGGUCCUAGGUGGAACCGGGCCUUGUCCGACCCUUUGUUUGUUCUGCUCCUGGCCCUCCAGCUGCUGGUGGUCGCAGGACUGGUUCGCGCUCAGACGUGUCCCUCUGUCUGUUCGUGCAGUAACCAGUUCAGCAAAGUCAUCUGCACCCGCAGAGGCUUGCGGGAUGUUCCUGAUGGCAUCUCUACCAACACACGCUACCUGAAUCUGCAAGAAAAUCUUAUUCAAGUCAUAAAAGUGGACAGCUUCAAACACCUAAGACAUCUAGAGAUACUACAGCUGAGCAAAAACCACAUACGCAAAAUUGAGCUUGGGGCCUUCAAUGGACUGGCCAGCCUCAAUACCUUGGAGCUAUUUGAUAACCGCCUCACCACCAUCCCAAACGGGGCUUUUGAGUACUUGUCCAAACUAAAAGAGCUUUGGCUAAGGAAUAACCCCAUAGAGAGCAUUACCUCCUAUGCUUUCAACAGAGUGCCCUCAUUACGAAGGCUGGACCUUGGGGAGCUCAAACGGCUCAACUACAUAUCUGAUGGGGCCUUUGAAGGGCUGAGCAAUCUGCGCUACUUAAAUCUGGGAAUGUGCAAUCUGAAGGAAAUUCCCAAUCUUAUUCCCCUAGUGAAGCUGGAUGAACUGGAAAUGUCAGGAAAUCAGCUAUCUGUCAUCCGGCCUGGUUCAUUUAAAGGGCUUAUACACUUACAAAAGCUGUGGAUGAUGCAUGCCCAGAUCCAGACCAUAGAAAGGAAUGCUUUUGAUGACCUGCAAUCACUUGUGGAACUCAAUCUGGCCCACAAUAACCUUACCCUCUUGCCCCAUGAUCUAUUCACUCCUCUACAUCACCUGGAGAGAGUGCACUUACACCACAACCCUUGGAAUUGUAACUGUGACAUCCUCUGGCUAAGCUGGUGGCUUAAGGAGAUGGUACCUGCAAACACCAGCUGCUGUGCCCGCUGCAGUUCACCUCCUCACCAUAAGGGACGCUACAUUGGUGAGCUGGACCAGAAUUACUUUCACUGUUAUGCUCCUGUUAUUGUGGAGCCUCCCACAGACCUAAAUGUAACAGAGGGAAGUGCUGCAGAGUUGAAAUGCAGAGCCAGCUCUUUAACCUCAGUGAGCUGGAUUACACCCAAUGGUUCCAUCAUGACACACGGUGCAUACAAGGUCAGAAUCUCUGUGCUGAAUGAUGGCACACUGAACUUUACCAACGUUACCAUGCAGGACACAGGUACAUAUACGUGCAUGGUGAGUAAUUCUGCAGGUAACACAACAGCGUCUGCCACACUCAAUGUUUCCUCUACAGAAAGCAGUUUCAGCUACUUUACUACAGUGACAGUGGAGACAAUAGAAACCCCGCAUAAUGAAGGCUUCACCACUACUGUCCAACAGAAGGUUGGCCCCACACCCUCUGCUGGUACAUGGGAGUCUAUCUCACCAACCUCUACAACAACCACCACCGUCCGAACCGCACUCUCCACACGUGCCACAGAGAAGACUUAUACAAUUCCCGUCACAGAGGUGGGUGGUGAGGGAUUGCAGAAUGGCUUGGAUGAGGUAAUGAAGACAACCAAGAUCAUCAUUGGCUGCUUUGUUGCAAUCACACUCAUGGCAGCUGUCAUGCUUAUUAUCUUCUAUAAGAUGCGCAAACAACACCACCAGCAGAAUCACCAUGCACCCACACGCACUAUUGAGAUCAUCAAUGUGGACGAGGAUUGUGUAACUGGAGGCCCAGGCAUGGAGGGCCACCUUACUCUGCCUCCUCUUGAGCACGAGCACCUCAACCACUAUAACACCUAUAAGACUGCAUACAACCAUGCCUCCACAAUCAAUUCUAUACACAGCUCAGCGCACGAACCUUUGCUAAUCCGGGCCAGCUCAAAAGACAAUGUACAAGAGACCCAAAUCUAAUACUUUUGUGAGACAUUUUAAAACUGAUGAAAUUACUUACAGGCAUUAUUGACAGAACAUUACUGACCUUUGGUUGCGAGGACUGCGGCUGACGCUCGGAAUAACAGACUUGUGUUUGGCAAAUCAGCGACUAGCAAUGUUAAUUCAGUGACUUUCGGAAUUAGAGUAUGUCUACUGUUUCAAAAAGUGUCUUUACAAAGCAGAAGUUAUUUAUUUAAGAAAAAAAUGUUGUGGUUAAAUCACGAAAACUGUAUUCUGCAAUUAUUUUUUCAACACUUAAUUCAUGUGGGUUUUUUUCUUCUUUUUUCCUCGCAUAUCACAAAAUUGGUUUACUAAUAUACUUUCAACUUCUUUCAAAGAUGUGUCAAAAAACAUGAAACAAAGUAUUGUUCCUUUAUUGUUCUUUUUUUGGUAUAGCUGCCGAUUUUCGAUCAGAUGACACAGUAACCUCAUUUUCCCCAUUUAUCAAGGAAUCCUAGAGCACAUUAGUGAUUUUCUCAGCUGUGGAUUAAUUGAUGAAAUCUUUUGUGACCAUCUCUAACUGAGAUGAAUUAAACACUUGUUCAUCAUUUUGGAGUGAGUGACAGAACUGUCAGUGAUGGAAUCUGAUCAUUAUUCACCGUUUAAUUAUCUGUCACAUACAUUAGCCACUCUGCGCUGUCAUCAAUAGGCUGAGGACCUGAAAAGAGGGAAAUGCAUCCAUUUCUGCUACUGUAAAAGUUGAAGCUCACUGCUAGAAGGACAGUUUUGUUAAAUUAAAUACUGUUGAUCUAUAUGUCUUUGUGUUUCUAUUGUAUAUGUAAAAUUUAAAAUGAUCCCUGAUCUCAAAUUUGUCUUGACAAAUCGCAUUAUUAUAGAAAGCAUAUAAUAAAUUGCAUUAAGAACCAUUGAAAUUCUGAAGGUCAUGCUACAGAAGCAGCAUUAACACGUACUUUAGAAAGAACAUAAUUAUGACUGGAGAGGAUGGGAAUAAUGCUUGUACAGAUGUACAUGACCUCAAAUUCUGGCAAACACCCACUGCCUCAGAAUAUUUCCAGUGUAUCAUGGCUUCACCUUUACCUUGCAGUGCUGUGUAGUGUUGCAUAUGAAGAUGAUUGCUUUGAAGCCCCAUUUUCAUGCUGGGACCCCUUACCUCAUCUGCAGUACUGCAGGAGUGCUGUCAGAAGUAGACUGAUGAGCGGAAGAAAGAGCUUAAACCCUUUAUACAGCUGUCUGAGCACAUUGCCUGUCAUCUUUGUGCCAUAUUUCCACAUGGGCAGUGCCUGGCAGUCCCAGAUUCACACCCUGCUCCCGCCAACCACAGAACUUGUCCCUGAGUGGCAAGGCUUAGCUGCAAGAGGCUUAUGGGGUGAAUGUGUGGGAUCGGGCAUCAACCAGAUGUUUGGGUUGCACCUGACUCUCUCCAUCGUUAGUGACAACACAAUUUACAUUUUAAUUGAUGUGCCUGUGGGCUUUGGAUGGGCACAGCUCUGCUGCCAUCCAUACCCUGGAAAGCAUUUCAAAGUCCCAAAUGUAAUGAAUGGUGCCAAGCACCAUAAAUGCAGUGGUUAUGCAGACAUUUGAGAUGGCACAGGUUUAUUUUUAGCAAGUUAACUGUGGUUUUUAUUCAACAGAAAAAUUUGCAAAAAAAAAGUUAGGCCACUCAAAUUCUUAAUUCGGUUUGGGUUUUUUUUUUGUUUUUGUUUUUUACACUUGCAGUAAUGCAAUCCAGAAAGGAAUGCCUUUAUUAAAGAUGAUGUCAUGUGCUUUCUGUGGAUUCACCACGCAUAUUAUUUAAGUAAAAGCUGGUACUCCACUGAGAAUUUGAAACAUUGUCCUCUAUUAGUUCAAAACAUGUCUGGAAAAAAAUACAUGAAAACAGUCCACUGCUGUGGUCACUUUUAGAUGAAUGGUGGCAAUAGGUGUUUUAAGUUCUGAAAGCUAUUCAGAAUAAUGAUUUAAGAAGUGAAAGAUUUUCUGUGGGCUUUUCUUCAAAAUCAUUUACAUAUUUUACAGAAAAUAUAGCAAAAAACACAGUUUUCCUGUCAAGAUAACAAGCAGCAAUGUCUAUAGGUCUGCACGUUACACCACCUGUUUCACAAACACAUGGGCUACCACAGGUAACAAUCAAACAAAAAGAUCCCACUGUCUACUAUACAAGUUUGUAUACUAUACAAGCCUCAUUCAAAACUUCCACAAAGCCAAGCAAAAUAAACCAAUUUUUACAGAAGUUUUAAAAGAAUUCACUCUCAUUCAAGUGGUUAUGUGUCACUAUGAAUAAAGGCAAAUUAACAAAACGGCUUUAACCGGACAUAAGUGCAAACCUUUUACAGCCAAUACAGAUUUUAGCUUAAAUUGAAAAAAAGAAUAAAAUGCUGCACCCCUUAGCUUAAUGCAUAGAGUAUGGAGAUUAAAUGAGAUACAGUGUUAGUUUGCCUCAGAACAAUAUGAUCUAUGCUUGAUUCACAACGAGUUUUUAUUACCUGGGAUACCUGAUAUAUGUAUUACAGUUGCACAGAUUAUAUAUUUUAAUUAAUUCAUAAUCUGUAGUGUAAAAAAACACACACACACACACUCCAGCACUCCACACAAACUCACACACACCCUAUAAUGCAGAGUAUAUUUAAGAAUAUUAAUUCUAUUAAAGUCAUUUUAUUUUCACAGCUUUUUUUCUCUGCCAGAUAAGGAAUUAUGGAGGUUUAAGAUGAGCGCCAUUUGAGAUGCAAGUGGUUAUUGCAUGUAGUGUUUCAAGGUGUUUUGAUAACCAAGACGUUCUGAAUGACGUUCUGAAAUCAGAAGUUCUGAUGUGCUGUGUACAGCACAGACGUGGGGAAUACUGUAGAUUCCUAAAUAAAAUGAGGUCACCGGGUAAUAUUAGUCCAGAUUUAAUGAAUGAUUCCCCUUAAUUUUCUUUCAACAACUGGACAGGAUUCACCCCAUAAUUGCCCUUAUGUGGAGACUGGCACAUUUGUAAACCAUAUUGUGCGUGUGUGUGUGUGUGUGUGUGUGUGUGUGUGUGUGUCAUUCUCUGUUUCAGUUCAUACUGGCAGGCAGGGGAUCACGAUUCUCCUCAGUUUAUGUUGAGAGUGUAACCAUCUUUCCCUUCUGCCUUUAGUUGGAGGUAAACUGUCUGAAAAUUUCAAUGGUAACUUUGUUGCAUUUUAGUCAAGCUGUCUCAUGUGUGUAAGAUAUCUAAAAUAUUUUUGUCAAUAUUCCUUUUUUUCACAUCCUUUUCUUUUUCUGAGAAGGAAUGCUGUUCUAGUGGUAGAUUUAUAUAAAAUACAUUUUGAGAAUAAAAUAUAACAAAAACAAAAAUUUUUAAAUUUUGAUUUUACAUGUGCCAACAAUCUGUUCAAAAACUGAAAAAAAAAAAAAGAUAAAUAUGUUGUAAAAGAAUAAGAGAUCGAUUUUCAUGUAAGCAUUCUUUCAUGACCUUUAAAAGAUACGGAGAUCGAUUAUAGAGACCAGUUUGUAGUUCAUACACAAAAUAUGGUUCAAAUAAACUAUUGUUGUUUUUCUGUAUUGUCUGA